AUGACUUCUCCCUCCAACAAUCAUGCGGAUCGGCCGGAUUCUCAACAAUUGCUACAGCACGAUUCAACUCUGACAGUUGCACAAUCGGUUUCCCUUACUAUCGGGGGCGACUCCCUUAUCGUUGUCGACGAGCGCCCAAAGUCAAAAGAUCAGCGCGCAUGCUGUGGCUUGUUGGCCAAGUCAUCGAAAACUACCCAUUCCAUUGGGCUGUAUAAUAUUCUUGAUGCCGAUCUUUCCCCUGCGGGCCUAACCAUCACUUAUGCCCAAGCUGCUACCAAAGACAGCAUUUCCGUGACGGCCCUCGAGUACCCGAUCACCGAGAAAGAAAAGGCAAGUGCGCAGGCAUGGGUUUCGCAAUUAUUAGACCUUGCAUAUGGCGAAGCACAACGGUACAAAAGACUUAAGGUUCUGAUCAACCCAUUUGGCGGUAAAGGUGCAGCUUCUAAGAGCUAUCACAAACAUGCAGCGCCGGUCUUCGCCGCUGCGCGCUGUGUAGUGGAUGUGCAGGAAACAACCCAUCGAGGCCACGCCACCGAGAUCGUGGAGCGAAUCGACAUUGACGCCUACGAUGCUAUCGUUUGCUGCUCCGGUGAUGGUUUACCGUACGAGGUCUUCAACGGUCUAGGGAAGAAACCGAAUGCUGGAGAAGCACUGGCAAAAGUAGCCGUCGCCAUGGUCCCCUGCGGCUCUGGUAAUGCCAUGGCAUGGAACCUUUGUGGCACGGGCAAUGUUUCAGUGGCAGCGCUUGCGAUUGUCAAAGGCCUGAGAACGCCGAUGGAUCUGGUCUCGCUUACGCAAGGGAAUUCUCGCACACUGUCAUUCCUGUCUCAAUCCUUCGGUGUCAUCGCGGAAUCGGACCUAGGAACCGACAACAUCCGAUGGAUGGGAGCUCACCGUUUCACAUACGGUUUCCUUGUACGCAUCAUGCAACGGACGGUGUACCCAUGCGACCUCGCCAUCAAGGUGGAGACUGAUGACAAAAAGGCGAUCAAAGACCAUUAUAAUACAUACGCACACAAUCCAGCUCCGCUUCGUUCCCCCGAAGAGACUGCAGGACAGUCCAAGGGUCUUCCCGAGCUUAAGUACGGCACGGUCCAGGAUGAUCUUCCCAAAGAUUGGGAAGUCAUUCCAGGCGAAGAAAUGGGUAACUUUUACGCGGGCAAAAUGGCUAUUGUGUCCAAGGACACAAAUUUCUUCCCCGCCUCCGUGCCCAACGAUGGGCUGAUGGACAUUGUCACCAUUAACGGAACAAUCCCUCGUACUACGACCCUCAAGAUGAUGACCGCCAUACCCGAGAAUGAGUUCUUUGAUAUGCCCGAGGUCAAGAUCCGCAAAGCUUUUGCCUACCGCCUGGUCCCUCGUCAGAAGGAAGGCUAUAUCAGCGUUGACGGUGAAAGCAUCCCAUUCGAAGCCUUCCAGGCUGAAGUCCAUAGAGGUCUCGGUACGGUACUCUCUAAAUCGGGACAUCUCUAUGAGGCAGAGGGUCCGAGACCGUGA